UUUGAAGUUCAUGAUUUAGUUGUUGAUGAAAAAGAACGAAAUCAUGGUUUAGGUACACAACUUUUUCAAUAUUUAAUUAAACAAUCGAAAGAAUGUGGAGCACCAUCAUUAGUUUUACAAUGCGAUUUAACAAAUACAAAAGCACAUGGGUUCUUUUUUCGACAUAAUUUAGCAAUAAGUUCAUUUGGAUUUGCUGUAAAAACGAUGAAUUUAUUAGAAAAUCCUAGUCAUAUAAAAGUUAUGGAUAUAACAGAUUCAUCCGAUAAUAAACAAUUAUUAAUUCAAGCUCAAGAUGUUUUUCUACAACUUCGACCAAAUUUAUCUAGUGAUCAAAAUACAUAUAUUGGUCAAAUUCAUCAUAUUUGUCAAACUGGUCCAGCUCGUAUAAUAGUUGCAAUAAGUAAUGAUGAAAAAAAAGAUAUCUUAGGUUUAGCCGUUUAUCGUAUAUCUAAUAAUAUCAAAUAUUCUAAACAUAUCUAUUGUGAUGAUUUAAUAACGGAUGAAAAUAAACGAAGUUUAGGUGUUGGCCAAUCUCUUAUUAAUUUUAUGAAAAAUGAAGCAACAAAAUUAGGAUUAAGUCUUAUAGCAUUAGAUAGUGGUUGUCAACGUGGACGAGCACAUAAAUUUUAUCAUCGUCAAGGUUUUCAUAUUGAUCAAUUUGAAUUUACACUAUUUUAUUAA